AUAUAUUAAUGGAUUUAGAUAUAGCCAUUGAGACAAAAGAGAAAGUACGUAAUCCUACAAUAAAAUUGAAUAAGAAAUUAGCAAUAGCUAUAGCAGUACAUAUAAAUAAUUAUAAAAGGCACUUACUAAAUCUGAAAAGAAGCCAUUUGAUGAAUUAGUCUCAUAAGAACCUACAAAUAAAUUAAUUGCAGUUCAUUUUGGAGUAGGUGAUUAAGAUGAUUAUAAUACUAUCUGUAAUUAUGUUAAAUAGUUUGGACAGAAUAAAAUAAUGAUUUACCCUGUAAGGAAUUAUGCAUUUAUUGAAUUCUAAAACAUCUAAUAGAGUUUAUAAUUAUUCUAAGUAUAAGUUAUUUGCCAUUUAGUCUUUACAAGUUUUUGAGAAUAUCAAAUAUGCAAAUCUACAGUAUCCAAAUAAAGAAAGAGCUACAAUGUUUUUUUAUACAAACUAGUAAGAUUUAACUGGUGGAGGAAUGUGUGAUAUACCAAAUGCAAUGAGACAAGUUAAUAUACCAGGAUUGUAUUUGAUACAUGAUUUCAUAACACCAGAAUAUGAAAAAUAUAUUUUAGAUUUAAUUGAAAAACAAGAAUGGUCCAAAUUGAAAUAAAGAAGAGUUCAACAUUAUGGCUAUGAAUUCAUAUAUGGAGAUAAUACAGUUAAUGUAAAUUAACCUGCAGAUAAAAAUAUCCCAGCUUUCCUUGAAGAUGUUAGAGCCAAAGUAUCUGAAUUGAUAAAACCUCAAGAUCAAAUAAAUUAACUUACAAUUAAUGAAUAUUUACCAGGAAUGGGUAUUCCACCUCAUUUUGAUGUUCAUCCUCCAUUCCAUGAGAAAUUUGUAUCUAUCAGUUUACUCAGUGGUUUAGUAAUGUCAUUUAAAUCCUUUAAAGGAGAAGAAUAACAUUUAUAUUUACCUCCUAGAUCUUGUGCAUUAUUUACAGGUGAAGUUAGAUAUGCUUGGUUCCAUUCUAUUGCAGCAAGAAAAAUAGAUAAAGUAGAAGGUGAAACACAUUUUAGAUCUAGAAGAUUAAGUUUGACUUUCAGAACUAUUAGAAAUGAUUUGAAAUGUGAUUGUGAAUAUUAAUUCUUUUGUGAAUCUUAGGGUUAUAAUCCAUUAACAAUGAAAAACAAAAAUCCAUUGCUUUAAGAAUAUCUUGCAAAAUUAAAUUAAAUUGGAAUAAUAUAAGACAAUAAAGUUGUUCCCAAUAAAACUUAAGAAGAAAUUUAAUUACUUGAAGAAUAACCAUAAUAAUUACAAUAAAUGCCUAAGGCUACUGAAGUUGAAAAGAAAUAUGUUUAUGAGAUUUAUGAAAAAAUUGCACCUCAUUUUAGUUCAACACGUUAUAAGCCAUGGCCUAAAAUAGAACAAUUUCUUAAAUCAUUAGAAUCUGGAUCUUUAGUAGCUGAUGUUGGAUGUGGUAAUGGCAAAUAUUUAGGAUCAAAUCCAGAUAUUGAAAUGAUUGGUACUGAUAGAAGUGAAAAUCUAUUGAAAAUUUGCAAAGAAAAAUCUGAUGCUUAUUAAGUAUUCAGUGCUGAUUCAUUAAGAUUACCAUUAAAAUCUGAAAUGUUUGAUGCUGUAAUAUCAAUUGCAGUUAUUCAUCAUUUUUCAAAUAAGUAAUAAUUAUUAUAUUUAAUUUAAUUAGAAUUCUAAGAUAAUAAGCUAUAAAGGAAUUAUUAAGGAUUUGUAAAUCUAAAGGUUUAGUAUUAAUCUAUGUUUGGGCUAUGGAAUAAGAAGAGAAGACCUUUAAUGAACAAGAUGUUUUUGUGCCAUGGAAUUUACAAUUUAAAUAUGAAGAUGAAAAAGUAAUAAAUUAAGAAGGUAUAUAAAUUAAAUAUUAUUGGUAGUGUAAUAAUAAUUUAAAAUUGAUGAUUAAAAGAAAACAGUUGUAUAUAAACGAUAUUAUCAUGUAUUUAAAUAAGGUGAGAUAGAAGAAUUAUUAUCAGAAAUGCCAGGAUUUAAAAUAGUAAAUAAUUAUUAUGACCAUGCUAAUUGGGUAGUUGUUUUAUAAAAAGAUUGA